ACCGAGUGUAUGCUUGUAUACGCUACACAUGUUGCAGGAUCUGCACUGCAUCGCUCUAUCCCAUACUUGUCUGAGCGCAUCCUAUGCCGUGAUUGGCGGACUAACGUUUUAGUUCCCUUGUCGAUCAUGAACAUCUGGGGUAAAUUAAAGGAACAAUCCACCCUGUUUUGUCCACCUAACCGCGACUCAGGAUGCUGUCCACGAGCAGCGAGCUGCAAUAUCGCUAGCUCUUUUCAUUAUUCCAAGGCAUGCCAUGUAGUGGAUUCGUAUAAUAACACAUUUGUCUGCCCAUGUUUCUGUUUUUCAUCGCGUCCAUUAUAUCACCAUAAACAUGCAUAUAUUUGCUCUUCUUCCCUUCCUAGUGGCUUCCGCCGCUGCCCUUGCCUUUCCAGGUGCAGAAGGUUUUGGUCGCAACGCGGCCGGUGGUCGUGGCGGUACCGUUUACGUUGUCACCAACCUCAACGACAGCGGUGAAGGCUCGCUCCGUGAUGCCGUUUCCAAACCCGACCGCAUCGUUGUGUUCGCCAUCGGUGGGUUGAUUAAGAUCACUGAGCGCAUGGUCGUGUCGAAACGCAUAUCCAUUCUUGGGCAAACAGCACCUGGUGAUGGCAUUACAGUAUACGGCAACGGCUGGAGUUUCAGCAAUGCUGACGAUGCAGUCGUACGGUAUUUGCGCAUCAGAAUGGGAAAAGGAGGUAGUAGUGGCAAAGAUGGCAUCACGAUUGCAGAGGGGAGCAACAUGAUCUUCGACCACGUCUCUGUAACCUGGGGCCGAGACGAAACUUUUUCGAUAUCUGGUUCAGAAGUCGGUAACAUCACCAUCCAGAACAGUAUCAUUGGGCAGGGUCUUCAGACACAUUCUUGUGGCGGUUUGAUGCAAACAAAUGUCGGGAAUGGUAUCAGCCUGUUCCGCAACUUGUACAUUGACAACAAGACGAGAAAUCCAAAAGUCAAGGGUACGAAUGACUUUACCAACAACGUUGUCUACAACUGGGGAGGAGGAGGCGGAUACAUUGCUGGAGAUUCAAGUGCAGCGAGCGAAGCGAAUAUCGUUGGAAACUAUUUUGUUAGUGGCCCGAGUACCAGCGUAACAGCCUUCACGCGAGGAAACGAGAACUUCAAGGGAUACGUUGAAGGAAACUUCUAUGAUUCUAAUCGCGAUGGUGUAUUGGACGGAUCGGAGCUUGGUGUAGCAUCCAGCAACUAUGGCGGCAUGAACAUCCAGGCAGCAAAAUUUCCUUUUCCGGCACCUGAGAAAGUCUUGUCAGCCAACGAUGCGUUGACGCUUGCUGAGAAGUCUGUUGGUGCAAGCAAAGUCCGCGAUGCGGUUGAUGCGCGACUCGUUGAAGAGUUGAAGAGCUAUGGGAAGACGGGAGAGUUGAUCAGUGAUGAGAAUGCUAGUCCAAUGGCCGGACCAGGAACUAUUGAUGGCGGAGAGCAAUGGGUUGACGCGAACGGUAAUGGCAUACCCGACGAUGUCGAAGAACAAUUCAAAGACGUGGAGGAAUGGGCAAAUAGCUUAGUACCGAGUAGCUACUAGGUGAAUUUGGUCUGCGUCGUUAGCAUCAUCUCGCAUGACGCAUCGGUUAAGU